UUUUAUACACGAUAAAGGACAAUCAGCGGAAUGUAUAAGAUCGAUUGGUGCGUAAACAAUCGAGAUUUUGACUGAUUAAAUCACGUGAGACGAGCGACAAGAUACAACGAAAAAUAGAAUGGAAAAAUCGUUAACAAGCCCGAAUCCGGAUGAACGCGGAGAGUUGGAAACUGAUCCACUCGGGGUCUAUGAGGGUGAGAGAAAUGAGAAUGGCGAGAGACACGGCGAUGGAAAGACCUUGCUACCAAACGGCGACAUGUACGUCGGUCAAUAUUGUAACGGGCUCAGACAUGGUAAAGGUAUCUACGUAUUCAAAAACGGUGCCCGAUAUAACGGUGAUUGGAGAGACGGACAGAAAUACGGCCAAGGGAUCUUUUGGUACCCUGACGGAACGCAAUACGAAGGGGAAUGGAAACGCGACGCGAAACACGGCUUCGGAGCUUAUCAUUACGCGACGAAUGACGUCUACGAAGGCUCGUGGAAGGAGGACCUUCGACAUGGUAUGGGAACGUAUCUGUACGCUGAUACAGGAACGAAAUUUAUGGGUACGUGGAUGGAAGACCGCAUGGAAGGACCCGGACAGCUCAUUCACGCGCGUUGCCGUUUCCAUGGUUUCUGGAAGCUGAACUUGGAGAACGAUGAUGACAAAAGUCAGUUGAAGAAAGGACGGUCCCCGAGGAUAGGUGUUCGGCCGAUGUGGCGCGCGCGUUGUAUCACGCCUUACAACCCGGAGUUAUUGCCGCCGGAAGCACGGCCCCUGCGAGAGGAAGUAAUCAAAAUUAUAAUCACGAUCGUCACUUUUAUAUUCGAUAACUCCGCGUCGUUUCAAGUAUCGCAUCAUACUUGUCGUCGUUCAAGCGACCUGUUUUAAUACACGUACGCGAUGCUGAUGUCGAAUUUUAGAGCUCGCGGCGUGACACAUGGCUACCGUUGUCUCAUUCCGCGGAUAGGCGACAUCGAAAAAACGGAUUAAUAAUUAAUAUUGAAAAGCGGAACCGGGAGUUCGCGAUCUAUAUCCGGUUACCUUUCUCUGGGGGAGGGUAGGAUUUCCUUAGUACGUUGACUGCGUCAUCGGAAGCGGAAACAGAUUCUUCCGGUAAAAUGAAUUUUAAUCGACCGCUUUGUACUAACGAGGACUAGCGAGUAUCCGGUCGCUAUUUCUAGCGCGUCGCCAGACUGCGGGUUUCCGUAAUCAUUAAUAGAAUUACGAUAUCCGGGCAGGAUAGUAGUAGCCGUCUUUCUUUUCAAACCGUGUUUAUACGUCUCGUUGCCCUGACACGUAUCACCGGUAUCCGGCGGGGCGGGAUUAAAACCUAACGUGUUUCAAUCUGACACGACGUCGCGUUCGCGUAGGUGUCAACGGAACCCUCAAUCAGCAAGGGCGAGGAUGACGUUUGGCCGAAGAACGAGGGGUACUCGGACUCGGAUUAUCCGGAGGACUAUCGCGAAGAACGCUAUGAGAGAGAAGCAUCGUCUCGUAUCGACAGUCCUUAAAUUGUAAUAAAAUUAAUGAAACGUGCUAAUUCUCAAUAAGCCGUCGGUCAAUCGAUUUGCGAGCGCGUCGUAACGUGUACAUUCCUCGCAUUAUUAUAUACGAAUAUACGAUAUAUAUGUUAACUUGAUGCAUAGGUGAUGCGAAACGGAAUAAAAAGAGCGUGCUUUUAAGCGCUUUAUUUAGGAAAUUAUAACAACGAAUGUGUGUACAUGUGUACGCCAUGCAAAACGUAGGAAUGCUAUUACAUCGUCGGAACGUAGUCUCGUGUUUAUAUUGUAAUAAUAUAAUAAAUGCAAGAUACCGUGUUCACAAUUAUAUACUUGAGUAGUAUAUACAUACUCGAGUUUAACAUUAUUUACAAUCAAUCUCGAGUUGGUGCAGUGUCGAAUGCUGCGACGGUACGUUAAUGUAUACAUAUACAUGUGUGUGUCUGUGUGUGUGUGUGUCUGUUUGUAUACAUAUAUAUAUAUCGCGAUGGAAUUAUAUACAUAUUUUUUCAACAUGUUUUAUGCAAAAUUGAAAGCGCAAGCUCGGUUAUAUUGUUAAUCGUUCUGCAACACAAGCACGUUCAUGAGGCGCGCCAUUGAGCGACACAGGCACACGUAUACUCUGUGCCUGCGUCUACGUUUAUAUGGCUACGUUUACGUCUACGCCUAAGCUUACGCCUAGUUUUAUGCCGAGGAUACGUACGUUUCCAAAACAUAAGGACUGAGGGAGGAAGACUAAACUUCAGUCGGGAAAAAUUGACUCGAGUUGAACGAAUGUGGAAGGAACGGUAGUAUCAAGUUAUGUACAGCGAUAUUUCGUAAUACAUCUGAUAAUACAAUCAUUUAAUCGAAUCACAAA